AUGAACGGCGGUUCUCACGACGUGGAUGCGGCGGCGCCCGCACAGGCGGGCGGUCCUGCCGGCGCCGUAGCUGCUGGACGCAAAAAGUUGAUGGGCUACGUCGGCUUCGCCAACCUGCCCAACCAGGUGCACCGAAAGAGUGUGCGUAAAGGCUUCAACUUCACCGCCAUGGUCGUUGGAGAGUCUGGUCUCGGCAAGUCGACGCUCAUCAACACGCUCUUCAACACCACACUCUACCCUCGCAAGGAGGUACCACCUCCUCACCUAGAGCGACCGAAGACGGUCGCCAUCGAGUCCAUCAGCUCUGAUAUCGAGGAAAACGGUGUUCGACUGAGGCUCAACGUCGUCGACACUCCAGGUUUCGGUGACUUCAUCAACAACGAUGAAAGCUGGAAACCCGUCGUCGAAAACAUUGAAUCGCGCUUCGACAACUACCUCGAACAGGAGAAUCGCGUCAACCGCAACAAGCUGCAGGACAACCGUGUCCACGCUUGCAUCUACUUCGUUCAGCCCACUGGCCACAGCCUUCGUCCGAUCGACAUUGAAUUCAUGCGACGCCUGCACCAAAAGGUCAACCUGAUUCCCGUGAUUGCCAAGUCUGACACGCUCACCGACGAAGAGAUCGUGUCGUUCAAGCAGAGGAUCCUGAGCGACAUUGCCCACCACAAGAUCGAAAUCUUCCACGCACCCAUCUACGAGAUGGAGGACGAGGAAACCAUGCUCGAGAUCCAGGAGAUCCAAAACAAGGUGCCAUUCGCUGUAGUGGGAUCCAACACCGAGAUCGACACGCCUGACGGACGACGUGUACGUGGCCGAGCCUACCCGUGGGGCGUGAUCGAGGUGGACAACGAGGAGCACUGCGACUUUGUCAAACUGCGACAGAUGCUCAUCCACACUCACAUGGAAGAGCUCAAGGAGCACACCAACAACGUGCUGUACGAAAAAUACCGAAGCGAAAAGCUGGUCGCGAUGGGCGUCUCACAGGAUCACUCGGUCUUCAAGGAGGUCAACCCCGCGGCCAAGAUGGCGGAGGAGCGCGCAAUCCACGAGGCGAGAUUGAGGAAGAUGGAGAACGAGAUGAAGCUCGUCUUCCAGCAAAAGGUGGCCGAGAAAGAGGCCAAGCUCAAGCAAAGCGAAGAGGAGCUCUACGCUCGUCACCGCGAGAUGCGCGAUGCGCUCGAAAAGCAGAGGCAAGAGCUCGAAGAGAAGCGUCGCAGGCUCGAAAGCGGCCGUCCGCUCACUCCCGAAAAGGUCUCGCAGGCGACCAAGAAGAAAGGCUUCUCCUUGCGAAACUAA